UUUCCUCGUUCCUCUCCACUUCUGUUCCUGUUCUGCAACUCCUCUCCAACUCCUCAAUAAUUCUUCUCUUCCUGUCUCUCGUUUUGGCACUUUUCGGUUUUUUGUCUUUCUUUCUGUCUUUGUCCUGUUCCAUUCUCGUUCUACUUAGCACUCGUUUUCUUUAAUUAAUAUUUUAUUUCUUGGUUUCCGGCCUCUUCCCUCUUGACUUAACCCCUCUCCGAUAAAUCAUUAUAUCGCCUUAAUUCCUAAUAUAUUCAUUACUGUUCCCGCCUCUGAUGCCCCCCCCCCGCCAAUUCGUCAUCGCUUCAAGGUCCCCUCUCCCCGGAUCUACAGGCUAGUUAGUCCAAUUAUCCACUUCUAUUCGGACUUGCGUUUCAUGAUAUAAAACCAAACCCCCUCCUCUCUCUGCUACGAGGGCAUUUGAUUCAACUUGUCUCCCCUCAACUCGACUCGACUCGACUUGUCUUGACUCGACUCGAAUCGACACUGGGAUUUGCCAUUUGCAUUUGAGCAAAUGCAAACCUUGGCCAGCCCUCCGCUCCAGAUCCUUUUUUAAGGAUCAUGCUUUUUCCGUGCUCGCCAUGGCUUCUGUCGCUGCCACUAUUGCUGCUGGCGUGGACAGAUGUCGUCUCUGCCUUCUUCCCGUACAACCCAGUUCCCAAUGGCAAUGCUAAGAGCAAUGGGUUGUUGUUUCUCGCCGAUCUACCCAAGCUAGACCUAAAAGGCCUGAGAGAGCGGUUCUACUCGUACAGUCCAAGUAGGAGCAAGAGCGAGGGGUCUCUUCUUCCUCUUCCGCUAAGAGAUGUCAAAGAACCUGUCAAGCUGGAUAUUAUCAAGGUUCGCGGAAAUGUUCGUCGCCAAAAUAUUUUCAAGGUUUACCAUGCGGAUCCCACCCUUAUGCCGAAUAGUCUAGCUAUCAGUAGUGACGGAUAUGACUAUUCCUAUUUCUCGAUAAUGUACUUCGGUUCCGAACGACAGCCCAUGUGGAUGCUGAUGGACACUGGGGCAGCUAACACCUGGCUGAUCAGCUCCAAUUGCACCCUUGAACCCUGUAAGAUUCAUAACACCUUUGGUACCGAGGACUCCAAGUCCCUUUCGAUCUCAGAUAUCCCCUUCGACGUUACAUAUGGGACGGGGAAAGUAUCAGGGUUUCUAGUCAAUGAUUCUAUCGCCUUUGCUGGAUUCGAUCUACCAAAUGUGAGCUUUGGGUCCGUGUUGGAUAUGUCCAGGGAAUUCAUGAAUUAUCCCAUGGACGGGAUUCUAGGCCUAGGCCGGGGACCUGCUUAUAAAGUCAAGGCGCCGACGGUAAUGGAGGAACUAAAGAUGGGUGGAUUGCUGAAGAAAAACAUCAUCGGUAUCAAUCUUCAACGGCACGGCGAUGGGGCACGGGAUGGCCAGAUUGUUUUCGGCGACGUCGACAAGUCUAAAUUUGUCGGCGAUAUCUCAUACACCAAAACUGUGCCCAACGUAGGGCACUGGGAAGUUCCGGUGGAUGAUAUCUUUGUCGACGGCAAGCCGUUGAACUUCCAAGGCAAGAACGGCAUCUUCGACACAGGCACCUCCUACAUCCUUAUCCCCUACGAAGACGCGAAACGCCUCCACGAUGCAAUCGGCACCGCCGUGAAAAACCCCGAGUGGGACACAUAUUGGGACCUCCCUUGCUCGACAAAGACGAAGAUCGAGCUGGUCGUAUCCGGCGUGAAGUAUCCUAUGUCCCCCAAAGAUUACGUUGGCGAAACACUCGAAAACGGCAUGUGCCGCUCGAGGAUCGUAGGCCACCAACCAUUCGGGGAUAAUGAGUGGUUGUUGGGCUCCACGUUUCUUAAGAAUGUGUAUACUGUUUUUGACUUUGACGAGAAUCGGAUUGGGUUUGCGAUGCGGGCGGAUAACGAAGGUUCUUCCGAUCCUUCCUCCCCUAACCAAAAGCCACCCACAGCUUCAGGAUCCCCGCGCGUCUCCCCCGUCGGACCUCCCAGCGAGGUUAACAGCGGAGGACCGAAACCCGCCGAAUCCUCUCAGAAAAACCCUGAUUCAUCAGAUGGAGUGAAAGGCUUAAGUAUUUCGUCCACUGCUCCAUUGCUAUGGACUCUUGUUUUGUUGUCGUCAACUUUGUCUCCUUGGUGAAAUACCGUCUUUUUUUUAUUUUUUAUUUUUUAUUUUAUUUUUUAUUUUUUAUUUUUUUAUUUUUUAUUUUUUAUUAAUUUCCGAUAAUAAAAGCAUCACUCUGCCUCCUUGUUUCUAUCAUCUUUUCUUUUGUAUUGUUUUCUUUCUUGCUCCCGAUGGGAAUACCGUGAUGAGAAGGGGGAAGCAGAAGGAAGAGGGGAAGGAGUGAAACCAGCCACUCCCUCUCCCACAACUCGUUUUCGAACCGAGAUAUACUAUACUAGUUGGGGUAAUCCGCAAUUAGCCCCUGCUUUCUGUUACAUACCUCACCCCGUCUUCCACCGUUCAGCGCGCACUACGGAGCUAUUAAAUUCGUCUGCAUUUUUUUAAUUUCUGGUGUCUAGAGGCAAAUUAUCUAUCGCCCCGUUUGUAGUCCAUGUUUUAUUUCAGAUAUGGAGACUUGGAUGGCAAUAGACCUACACGCACUCUCUAUCAUGCAUAUGCACACUCUGUGUCACUAUAUCUUCUCGAACCAGCUCAUUAUCAGUUCACAUGUUUCAAAUUUUUUCCUGUACAUAGAUUUACAUAGAUUUACAUACAUGGACAUAUUAUAUUAUUU